UUCCCUGGAAGCUUUUCUCCCGUCUUCUCCAUCUCUUUCUUUAGAAAAACCACUGAAAAUAAUGGCAGCUUGGUUGGCUUUUGCUCGUUUAGCUGUGGCCGCAACAACUAAAACAUCACAUCAAAUGGUAUCAUCGGCGAAUCAAUCUUCGAAGCUAAUCCGGCAUCGGGAACUAUGUAAUCUAGCUUCCGGUAAAGAUCCUCAUGGACCACCAAAGGAGAAGUCAUAUGCAGGUUACAAGUUCUGUGGGGCAGUAAUUUACAUAGGGUUUUGGGGAUAUGACAUCUUUGGCGAAGUGCCCAAAAAGAAGAAGAAGUUUAAGAUUGUUACAGUAAACGAUGGAGUGCGAGACCGACGAGCUGUUGUGGAAUAUCGCUCCUUCUAUCAUUUUGGGUUUUAGAAUUAAGGUAUCUUUAAAAGAACAAUAAAAACGGAUUUGUAAUUUGUAUAAGCUUGUGCUAGAUUUGUAUGGCAAGUUGUUUGACUUAAUUACUUCGAAGGAUUGAACGGUGACUUUUGUAGUUCAUUUUGAAGUUCUUUAUUUCAGUACCUUGUAAUAUUAUAUGUCAAAGUUGUAUUAUUUUUCUUAUGCUUUUUCUUUUUGAAGCAAAGGUUGUAUCCGUUUUUUGGUCAUCCAAGCAUGACAUUUUCACCUAAUCCCCUUGAAAAACCUUUUGUUUUGUUA